CCCCGCUUGGCUGGUGACGAUGGGUGUAUAUAUAUGACCAACGACGACGACGACCGCCACCCCGCAGCAGCAGCAUGGACCCUCCCCCGUCAAGGAAGCUGCCCUACGCCUCUCGAGAGCGAGCGAGCUGGCUCUGACACUACCGUCCCCUACCCGCGCUGGACGUUCAAAGCUCCAAGCCUGGUCGGUAAGCAGCAUGGGCACCUGGCAGCAACCUCGCGCCGAAGGCGCCGGCACCGUCCUGCCGUCGUCGUCGACACUGCAGCAGCAGGAGCCCAGCAGGCCCGGCCGAAGAACGUGGGGCCGGAUGCUGCUCUUCGUCCUCGCGUUCAUCCUUGCCUUCCGCGACGUCGCUUCGCUGACCAAGCACGUCCUCAGCAACUUCCCCAGCAUCAGCCUCGGCUUCGGCUUCGCCCACCACCCCUACCCCCGCUCCCCUUCGCCGUCGUCGGGAGCUAGCAAGGACGCAACCACCACUUCCGCGCCGCUGGCCCUGCAGCAGUUCUCUGCCGCGCUCGAGCAGUGCCGCUUUACUGCCGCCCGCGCGGGGCCGCCGCCGGGCCGGACGGCAUUCAGCGAGCGCCGCACGCAGAGCGACCGCUUCGCCGCCGCCAUGCACAGCGCGCACGCCGGCCCCAAAGGACGCACGCACAUCGUCAAUGCCACGCUGUGGACCGGCGCUCACGAUGGAACCGAGGUGCGUCGUGGUGUCGACAUCAUCCUCGAGCGCGGCAUCAUCAAGGACAUCGUUCAGAGCGCAGGUGCCGCGCCGCUCGCGCGCGAAGAGCAGGAGGCCGUCUUUGAUGCGGCAGGUAGAUGGGUCACGCCCGGUCUCGUCGACGUCCAUGUUCACAUGGGCGUCGACCAGCUGCCGACGCUGCCGAGCGUGGAAGACACAAACACGCGGCAGACGCCGCUAGCGCCUUUCCUACGCUCGCUCGAUGGGCUGAACCAGCAUGACCUGUCCUUCAAGCGCACCGUCGCCGGCGGCAUCACCACCGGCCUCGUCCUACCCGGCAGCGGCGGCAACAUUGGGGGGCAGGCGUUUGUCAUCAAGCUGCGUCCCACCCGCGAGCACGGCCCCAGCGAACGCGUCGUAGAGCCCCCCCGCGAGCUCGUACUACCCGGACACGCAAACGAGCAGCUCGCCUUGCUCUCUAGCGACGAGCGUCGCGCGUACGACGCCCACCUGAACGCGACCGGUUUCGCACCCGGCGGCGUCUACGCUUCUUCAUCUUCGUCGUCCGUCCCACACGUGCCGUGGCGGCACAUAAAGAUGGCGUGCGGUGAGAACGCGCGCAGGCUGUAUGGGAUUAACAGGAUGGAUGAGCAGUGGGGCUUCCGCCAGCUCUUCGAGCGCGCGAGCAAGCUGCGCGACCAGCAGGAUGCCUUCUGCGAACGCGCUCUCGGCUUCCACCAUCAGCAGCAGCAGGUCGAAGGUAGGGGCGCCAACUCGGGAGAAGCCUCUAUUACGGCCGCUCCUGCUGCUGAGACUGAACGGCGCUUCCCAACCGAGCUGGAGCUCGAGGCGCUCGUCGCGGUCCUGCGCGGACAAGUCAAGGUGAACACGCACUGCUACACAUCGACUGACUUUGAGUCGUUCGUGCGCCUCUCCAACGAGUUCAAGUUCCCCGUCGCCGCGUUUCACCACGCGCAUGAGGCCUGGCUCGUGCCGGAGCUCAUCAAACGCGUCUACCGCCCCGUGCACAACGACUCGUACGCGCCGGAAAUGGACCCGCCGCCCGCGGUGGCGAUAUUCAGCACGAACGGCAACUACAAGAUGGAAGCCUACUUUGGCGGGCCGCACUUGGGUGCGCUGCUCAAGCACGCCGGACUGACGCCGCUCUACAAGUCGGACCACCCCGUGACGGACUCGCGGCGGAUCCUCAACCAGGCGGCGCAAGGGCACCACUUUGGCCUCGACGCGCCGAGCGCCCUGGCAGGCGUCACAUCCGCCGCCGCGCGCGCCAUCGGCAUGGGCCAUCGCCUCGGUAUGGUGCAGAACGGCUACGACGCCGACGUCGUCGUCUGGAACACCCACCCGCUCCGCCUCGGCGCCACACCCGUGCAGGUCUGGAUCGACGGCCAGGAGCAGCUUGCACACGCGCACGUCCCGUCGCCUGAGCUGCCGCCCGCCGCGUCCGCCCGCCACGGCACGGCUGCGCGCGGGACGGUAGCGCCGCUAUCCGCUGCGCCGCCAUCGGCGCGCUACGAAGCGGACAUUGCGCGCAUCGCAGCGUCCAAGCGCGAGAUCAUGGAGUUCGAGGCGCUGCCCUUCAGCACGCCCGUGCGCAGCGUCAGGGAGGUCCGCUUCAAGAACGUCACCAAGGUCUUCACGCGCGACGGGCGCAGGCGAAGUGGCAUCCGCGCGCACUACUUGGGACCCGCCGCAACGGCGGCAUGGCACGGAAUCGCUGACAAUGGUGCCGGCGCCGCCUCGGGUGGCACCGUUGUAUUGCGCGAUGGGCAGCUGACGAUCUGCAGCGAAGGCUUGGGCCCUUUGCACUUACAAGGCUUGCGUGACGAGGAAGCAGAGCUGUACCGUGCGUGCGACAGCACCUCGUUGCGGCCAGAAGAGGAGGUGGACCUGCACGGCGGAGCCAUCUUGCCGGGAAUUCAGUCGUUCGGCAGCAACCUUGGUCUAACGGAUAUCGCGUCCGAGCAGGAGACGUCCGACGGCGCCGUCCUCGAUCCGUUCGCGGAGAAAGGGUUCGUCGCGAGUAACUACCGCGCGGCGCUGCAGGACUGGCCGAUCGCGCGCGCCGUCGACGGCUUGCAGUGGGGCGGGAACGACCUGACACGGGGACACGCCCACGGCGUCGUCAGCUCCAUCGUCCCGCCACAGGGCGACGGCUUCCUGCGCGGCGUCUCGACGCAAUUCUCCACCGGCGUGCAGACGCGCCUGGAGAAAGGCGCGAUCCGACAUGAAGAAGUUGCCAUGCAUGUCGCCCUGACGCAUUACGGCGGCCCGCCGUCCAUCUCGGAGCAGCUCGUCCUCCUGCGCCAGCUGCUGCAGGACGGCGAAGACGGCAGUGGGCGCAAAGGCGACCGCGACGACGUUUGGUCACGCGUCGUGCGCGGGCACUUGCCGCUGGUCGUGCAAGCGGCCCGGGCAUCGCACAUCGCAUCGCUCAUCGCGCUCAAGCAGCGCUUCCCGCACGUGCGCCUCAUCAUCUCCAACGCGUCCGAGGCGCCGCUAGCAGGGGCCAGGCUGCCGGAGCAGCUCGCCGAGCACAACAUUGCCGUACUGCUAAGCCCGCGCACGUGGGGCAUCACGUGGGACGAGCGCCGCUCCCUCCCCGGCCCGCCGCUGACGAAGGAGACAACGCUCAGCACACUGCUGAGGGCCGGCGUUAAGGUCGCGUUCCGCAUCGAGGAGGGCUGGCAGGCGGCUAAUCUUCUGUUCGACGCCACAUUUGCCGCCAAGGAGACAGACGGCCUCCUCGAUGAGGAGGACGUCGUCAGCUUGCUUUCCAACAGGUGCGUGGCUAGAGGCGCUAGACAAAGACGGCGGGAGAAGAUUGUUGCAUCGUUGCUGACGUUGUUUGCCCCGCUUUCGCUACCAUGCUGACCCCUCCAUCUGGACGCACGCAGCCUUGAUGAGAUCUUCGGGCUCGACCAAGGCUGGCGCAACAGAAACAAACACCAGGACGACUAUAUCGCGUUCGAUGCGGAUCCAUUCGAAUAUGGCGCAAGAGUCGUCGCGAUCGGCAGCAACGAGACUGUCGAACUGUUUGAAUAGACACCUCUGCUGCGCUCGCCACGCCCUGCAACGCAGUGGCAUCGUUCAUCCCCGCUCCGUG